AUGCUCAGUCUACUCGUGAAAGCGACGACAUGCAUCGCUUUGCUAUUAUGUCUGACUUGGUAUGGCCAGACUCAUUUCUAUCGUGACCCCGGGAGUGUCUUCUUCGAUAAAGCACGAGCAUACGAGACGCGUUACUCCGAACAUCGCAAAGCCGAAGUCGAGAUGCUAAUAGACUCGUACCCGGACCUGAAAAGGCCGGCUCUGGGCAAAGCACGAGAUGAAAACAAACUUCUUUGUGUAGCACUGAGCUCUGUGAAGCGUGAGACACAAUACCUCCCUAUGACAAUAGGGAGUAUGGUGCACGGCCUUUCGAAGGAAGAACGAGAUGACCUCCAUAUAUCCAUCCUAAUAGCGGAAACCGAUCCAAGACGCCAUCCUGGCUGGAACCACCAGUGGCUAAACCAUGCAGCCGACGACAUUUUUACCUACGAUGUGAACGAUACACAAACGAAACAUCUGAAUGACCUCGAACAAAACGGACGAUAUCAAGAGAAAGGUGUCUUCGAUUAUACUUACGCCCUCGAACGAUGUUACGCCACUGGCGCAUUAUACGUUGGCAUGUUUGAGGAUGAUAUCAUUCUAGCUGAGGGAUGGUUUACGAAAAUUCUACAAGGACUAUCAGAGAUAUCUGACUCUGGCAACUGGCUCUUCAUGCGUCUUUUCAACCAGGAGAGAUCAACAGGGUGGUCGAGUCGCAAGAUUGGCGGAAACAACGAAUUCUUGAUCAUCCUAGGCAUUGAUAUAGGAAUCGCGGCAUCCGUGUGGCUCGUGCGUCGACAAUGGCGAGGUUCACGCAGGUAUCUCGAAAUGGAGACACUCGCGGUAACAGCCUUUAUACUGGUACCAGGACUGAUAGUACUGAUGUAUCAGUCAGGAAAAGCAUCAUUAUUUCCUCCGCAACCUGGAGUUUUCAAAGAGCCUUUCGGAUGCUGCUCACAGGCAAUGAUUUUACCGCGAGCUCAGGUCCCUUUGGUAAUAGAUAGCCUGAAGGAGAGGAGGGAAGGGCAGAUAGACUUGAUGCUCGAUGAAAUUGCUUCGAGCAAUGGUCUUGAUAGAUAUGCUUUAUAUCCAGUUCUGGCACAGCAUAUUGGGGUUGAUUCCGCAAGGAAGACAGCAAAAGAAGAAGCCCAAGCAAUCUGGAGCAUGGCCUUUGAAAACCACAAUCCCAGAACUCUCAAGAAGGAGCACAACAAGAUCCUUGGAAAUUACGCAUUGUGGCGUGAGAAGGUUGAGCAAGAUAGUAUCGACUCUAUGUAUCUCCUUGACUUAUCAUAA